ACACCGCUAUCCGUCUCACACUGUCCCUCCAUCAUUGUCAGUAAAGAUCAGAGAUCAGUCCGCACUGUCGGGCGUGUCUGCGCUGCGCAGAUGGAGAUUCCGGUUUUUGUCUGUUGGCUCCACCUGGUUUAAACCGCAGCAGGUUUGAAUCCGAUUCACUCUAAGCAGCAGCAGCAGCAGCAGCAGCAGGAUGGCCUCCAACACUGGGAUCGCGGCAGACCUACCCAGCGGCGCCAGAAUAUGUACCACCAUCCCCGACAUCCUGUACCUACCAGAACUGGUCUUUGGUGGUCUGGUGUGGAUCUUGGUGGCGUGCACGCUGGUGGUGCCACCGAAUCCUCUGGGCUGGGUCAUGUUUGUCUCCAUCUUCUGCUUUGUCAUGACUUUUAUCUGGACAGUGGUGUUCGCCUGUGGGUCGCAUCACAGCAAAGCCAGCUGGGCAACAGCAGACUUUUUGUAUCACGGCAUUGCUGCAUUCUUCUACCUCAGCGCUUCAGUGGCACUGACCAUAGUGACCCUGGAUCUGAAAAAGAAAGAAGGGGAAACAAAAAAUUACAAGUUUGAUGUAUCGGCAGUGGUUUUCUCAUAUGUGGCGACUCUUCUCUACUUUUUCCACACAAUCCUGUCUGCCAUGCGAUGGAAAUCUUUCUAGAAGUUUCCUCCCAGUAGGCCGUCGUGAGCAGGAACUGAUUUUCAUUUUGUACAUACUGCAAAGCUGUGGCAUGCUGACAUGAAAGUGGGUGGGUGGUGCUGAUGGUGAUGGAGACUGUCAAGUUGUUGUUCCGACUUUUCCCUCUGCUAGAUGAAGGCACCAUCUGGAUCUUACAGUGUCAGCCAACCCUGAUGGUUUUUGUCUCAGAGUUGCCUCAUUUCUUCUGCUAACUUCCAAAAUCCCACAGUAUCAGUACAUAUAACCACAACUUAAAAACCAGGGGCUACAUAGGGUGUAGGUUCAUUUCUGUCAGGGUGUGGGUACAGGACAUCUGUGCUGCGGUGCCAAGCACUGAGAUGCAGAGAGUUAAUCCUUUGGGACAGGGCUUGUCUCUAUGGUCACUCAGUAAGUCACCUCAGACUCUCGGUCUUCUUCCCAGAGCCCCUCCUGUGCAGUCUCUGUGCUGGGGCAUGUAUUCUCAUUGGGGCAGAGUGCUGUUGACAUUGCCAAUGGUGAGUGUUCUUAGUUUGCAAUCAUUUUUAGGAGUGUGGCUCAUAUCAAAGUGUGAAUUUCAUACACACUGACAUAAAGUGUCCCACCAAAACGCUGCUGUAUAUUUAAAUGAUCAGUGCUAAUUAUAGUCUGUCAGUGCUUUCAGUAUUGUGGCUGUUUCUCGAGCUCUUAUGACAUAGAUGUGAGAGACAGCACCAGAGAACAAAGAGUAGAUGGGAUGAUUGUACAGCCAAACAUAAAGAGAUUCAUCAUCAAACUGAGCCAGAGACGCACCGACCAGCUUAGUUCACCUGUGUCUGCUUUUUUUCUGCUUUGCUCCUGCUCUGAUCACCUGAACCAUCCUGCUGCUGCACUCCAGCUUUAAUUCAUUUGGUAAUUAAUUUACCAAUAAUUAAUUUCAGGUUUCCAUGGGUACAUUACUCCUUCUGUUAUUUGGUUAUGAUGUUUUUUCCUUUAAAAGCUUCAGGUUUAUAUGAUUCUACUCUUUGCUGACUAAAGAAAGGAUCAGGUGGGCCAGCUUUUAUAUUUUUGUAGGUUUAACAUCGUCAAAUAGAAAAAAAUGGAAUCAGUUGCUGAUUUUUACAGGAAAAUGAAUCAGGAUGUUUAUUUUUUUUGGUUUGUUUGUAAUAUGAAGCCUUUUUAACUGGAAACAAAUUUUGGAACAAAGUGAUUUAAUUGAA